UCUUACUGUAUUUUUAGAAUUGUUCCCUUCUCACGCUGUACUUACCUUCACACAAUCAAACCCUAAUCAGAUUACAUUCUCUAUUCUCUCGAUUUCGCCUUACAUUCACGUAAUCACUUAAUUUGAGAUCUAUUACCUGGGUUGGCGGUCGAAGAGAUCGAAGGCGUCAUGUUAGGUGUUUUAAGGCGGAAAGCCGCUUCCGGCGCCUCAUCUGCUUCGGUUUACGGAAAAUCAUUUUACAAGCUUAAGCCUACAGGAUCUGCUCACCGGGUGAGCUCUGCAGUGGGAGAGGAGAUUAAUUGCGUAAGGGGAUUUGGCAAUGUCCGAGCAUUUUCUCACCUUCCUUUGGCUGGACGAACUAUGUCUCUGAUGCCAAAAAGGGAAGCACUGGACAGUUCCCUGAAAAAUGUGACUUUACGGACUUGGAGUAGGUCAUUCAGUUCUGACAGUGAUGGUGAUGUUUUUGAAGCUGUUGUCCCUUUUAUGGGUGAAUCUAUAACUGAUGGCACUUUGGCAACAUUCUUGAAAAAACCUGGGGAUAGAGUUGAAGUGGACGAGCCAAUAGCUCAGAUUGAAACAGACAAGGUCACCAUUGAUGUGAAUAGUCCUGAAGCAGGGGUGAUCAAGGAGUUUGUAGCUAAGGAAGGAGAUACUGUAGAACCUGGUACCAAGGUUGCUAUAAUAUCAAAAUCUGGUGAGGGUGCGACUCAUGUUGCACCUUCUGAUGAGAAACCCUCUGAAAAAUCUCCUUCUACACCGUCACCUGCUGCUGAAGAGAAAAAGGAGAAGCCAGCACCUAAAGUUGAGACGAAACCCGCUGUAUCAAAGCCUAAAGGACCUCCUCCUCCCAAACAUUCCGCUACUGAGCCCCAGCUUCCCCCUAAAGAAAGGGAGAGACGUGUGCCUAUGACAAGGCUUAGGAAAAGAGUUGCCACACGAUUGAAGGAUUCUCAAAACACAUUCGCAUUGCUGACAACAUUCAAUGAAGUUGACAUGACGAAUUUGAUGAAACUUCGUUCUGACUACAAGGAUGCUUUUGCUGAAAAACAUGGUGUGAAGCUGGGUCUAAUGUCCGGAUUUGUAAAAGCAGCAAUAAGUGCUCUGCAGAAGCAGCCAAUAGUGAAUGCCGUUAUUGAUGGGGAUGAUAUCAUUUACAGAGAUUACGUAGAUAUUAGCAUAGCUGUUGGCACCCCCAAGGGUCUUGUUGUUCCGGUUCUACGGAAUGCGGAAAAUAUGAAUUUUGCGGAGGUUGAGAAGGAGAUUAAUAACCUUGCUAAGAAAGCCAAUGAUGGGAGUAUAUCAAUUGAUGAGAUGGCUGGGGGAACGUUUACCAUAUCGAAUGGUGGUGUUUAUGGAAGUCUUCUGAGUACUCCCAUCAUCAAUCCACCCCAGUCUGCUAUCCUGGGGAUGCACUCAAUAGUGAGCCGCCCUAUGGUGGUUGGAGGCAACAUAGUUCCGAGACCCAUGAUGUACAUUGCACUCACAUAUGACCAUAGGCUGAUUGAUGGGAGAGAGGCAGUGUUCUUCUUGAGAAGAAUCAAAGAUGUGGUGGAAGACCCACGCAGAUUGCUGUUGGAUGUAUAAUGCAGCUGUGGAUGUUGAUUGAUGCAUCCAUCAUGAGUUUGAGUUGGGCAAAAUAAAUGCACAAUAGUUUUUUUGCAGUUAUUGCUUCCGUCUUUGAACGAAGAUUGUGUGGUCUUCGGCCACCCGUGUCCGAAUUUGGAAAGAGUAUUUAUUGUCUACGAUGCUUGAUUGUUGAAAAUUGCCAAAAAGUUAAAACCGUUUAAUUUAUUUUUUUGCACCUA